AUGCAAGAAAAUCAAUGUCAUCCACAAAACUCUGAACUGAAAAAAGAGAAAUUUCCAAAUACAUUAUGGAACUAUUGGUCAUCUGUAUCGCUAUUUGUUCGAGGUUUAAUCAUAGGUACUAUAAUGGGUAUUUUGAUCUUAAUUAUAAUUAUUCCAAUUUGCGUAACGUUAAUCAAUAAAAGAAUAACAACGCAAGAAUUAAAUGAUACAACAAUGAGUGAAGUAUAUUGGUCAUUUGAUGGUAUAACAAAAGAUCUUUAUAAUGUUUAUAAUGGAAUAUUAGUAAAUAAUCCAUCAUAUACUCCAAUAUUAUCAAAUCAAUCAUAUAUAGGACAAGGUCGAGGACUUAGUUUAUUAUCAUCAUUAAAUCAAUAUUUUCUUGUAUCAACACCAUUUCUUAAUUUGUAUUCAACAAGUUUUACAAUUGAAUUAUGGAUUUAUCCAAUUAUAAAUAAUACUGAAGAUUAUGGUAUAUUUAGUCAAUGUCAAUGUUCAACAUGUACAAAUCAAUGUUUUUAUUUAACUAUUCGAUCAUUUCAUUUUAAUACAUGGUAUCAUAUUGCAUUUAUUUAUAAUUAUAAUAUAGACGAACAAAUAUUAUAUAUUAAUAGAAUACAAGAUAAUAUUAAAUUAAAUACGAAUUCUUAUCAAAUUACAAAUGGAAUUAUUGAAAUAGGUGCAUCGAAAAUUGGUUUAAUAAAAAAUUCUUUUAAUGGUUAUAUUGAUAAUUCAUAUUGUUCAUUUGAUUUACUAUAUCCAAAUAAUGAUAAUGGUCCAAAUGGAUUAAAUGGUACAUUAUUUAAUACAGAAUUAGUUGAUGGACGUAUUAAUCAAGCAAUAAAUUUUACUGGUCAAACAUCUUAUUUUCAAGCAUAUGGUUUUUAUCAAAUUGGUUAUGGAGUUAUUCAAAGUAAACCAUUUUCUGUUUCUCUUUGGAUAAAGCCACCAGUAUAUAUUCCAUGUAGUAUUGUUCAAAUGGCAUCAACUUCAAGAAGUCGAUAUUGUCAAAAUUUAAUUGGAUUUUUACCAACUGAAAAUUCGACAUCACAAAUUAUUAUCGAAGGUAGUAAUUAUACAUCAAUAUUGGGUCCAAAAGUUAUUUUAAAUACAUGGACACAUAUUUCACUGACUUAUAGUAUAAUAAAUGGACUUCGGUUAUGUAUUGAUGGAAUUUAUUUUGAUAGUACUGGUAGUUUUCCAUUUGAAGCUUCUGGUUCAAUAAUAUAUUUGCAAAUAGGAUUUAGUCGUUGGUGCAUAUCUUAUAGCAUUCCAAAUGCUGGUUAUCGAGGUUUAGUCGAUGAAGUAUAUGUGCACAGUCGAGAAUUAACUCAAAGUGAAAUUAAUAUUUUAGCAAAUCCAUAA